AUGCUGCAGAUGACUGAGCGCAGCCCCGCAGGGGGAGGCAGGAACCGAGACGGCCAAAAAGGAGCAAAAGAAGGUCGCCUCAGAGACCAGGCCGGGGCAGGGCUCGCCGCGCGUGAGCGGGUUCGGAUCCCCUGGGGUUCGGCCCCUAACCGCUGGCCUUGUUUUGCACGUGAAGCAGGCGCCCUCCCGAAGCCCUCGGCCACCUCGACCGACAGGCAGCGGAGCACCGAGGUCUCGGCCCUUGACAGCUUCCCCCUGCGGCACUCGAACACGCUGACGAACAGGCAGCGGGGCAACGAGGUCUCGGCCCUUCCCGCCACACUGGACACGUUGUCCAUUCACCAAUUAGCUGCCCAAGGUGAGCUCAGCCAGCUGAAGGAGCAUCUUCGGAAAGGCGAGAACUUGGUAAAUAAACCUGAUGAGAGAGGCUUCACCCCCCUGAUCUGGGCUGCUGCCUUUGGAGAGAUUGAAACAGUCCGUCACCUGCUGGAAUGGGGCGCUGACCCCAACGCGCUGGCGAAGGAGCGGGAGAGCGCCCUGUCCCUGGCCAGCAUGGGUGGCUACACGGACAUUGUCAUCAUGCUGCUGGAAAGGAACGUGGACAUCAACAUCUACGACUGGAACGGCGGCACCCCUCUGCUCUAUGCCGUGCGCGGCAACCACGUGAAGUGUGUCGAGGCCCUACUAGCUCGCGGUGCCGACCUGACAACAGAGGCGGAUUCUGGCUACACCCCCAUGGAUCUGGCCGUGGCCCUGGGACACAAGAAAGUCCAACAGGUUAUCGAAAAUCACAUCCUCAAGCUAUUUCAGAACAAGGAGCUGGAGUGACGCAGUUUGCGCUGCAUCGCUGCAACGCCAGCGCUUCUGUUGGCCUAUGCAAAAGCUCUCCUCUAUGACCAAAGGGGCCUGACCCACCACUCCCAAAAGGGGCAGCCGAGUGAUGCUUCUAGCAAGGAGCGUGUGGAGGAAGCAGGGAACCGCCUGCCUGGGCAGAUUUACACCUCUCCUAGAGGGCAGCACGGCCUCAGCGCCUCGCACCCAGAGGCACGAGUUCCUCAGGGCAGCUGCGCUUCUGCUCCAUCCAGGCUCAGCUGCUUUGUGCACGCAGGUAUUCAGGUAUUGCAUUUUUGGAAGUAAACUCUAAAGCAGC